AUGGCAUCCAUUUCUUCAAGUUGUGCAUUUUGUUCUACAGGAAACACAAAUUUAUCAAAGUGUUCUAGGUGUAGAUCUGUAGUCUACUGCAGUAAGGAUUGCCAAAAGUCGCACUGGAAAGCUCACAAGCCAAAUUGCAAACCGCCUCUCAAAACAAUACCAGCUAAGGGGAAAACGAAGUUUCCACAGCCUGACAGAAAAGAUUUGGAAAGCAUUGCAAGAUUUGCAUGUAGCGCUUUGAAAGAAACGUAUUUCAGCGUCAUCGACAACGUUUUUGAGGACCAGAAAGCACUGGAUAUUUUUAACGAGGUGAUACAGUUGCAUAACUCAGGUGUUUUUCAAGACGGGCAACUCAGCGGUGGUAACACGGCCUCCGAUAAAGAGCAGAAAUUCACUGAGACUAGGAUUCGAGGGGACAAAAUUACUUGGUUAGAGGGCAACGAAAAACAUGCGCCAAAUAUCGUGAAACUCAUAGAUUUUGUGGACACAUUAGUGAUACAUUGCAAUAAUCUUCCCGAUGGGAUACAAGAGUAUCGCAUUGAGGGACGCGCCAAGGCUAUGGUGGCAUGUUACCCUGGUAACGGAACGGGGUACUCACGGCAUGUUGACAAUCCGGACGGGGAUGGGAGGUGUCUCACCGUCAUCUACUAUCUCAACCAGGGGUGGGGUGAGGAAAAUGGGGGUAAGUUAAGGAUUUACAGGGAAGAUGGCCAUGUUGAUGUGGAACCAUUUCUCAAUAGAUUGCUAAUGUUUUGGUCGGAUAAGCGCAAUCCACACGAGGUAUUACCCGCUUAUAGCACAAGGUAUGCUAUAACUAUUUGGUAUUUUGAUGCUGAGGAGAGACGGAGAGCAAAGCAGCUUCACCGAUACAACGUUAUGGGUGGUUUAGAAGCAGAAUUUGCUUUGAGAGAUGUGGAGGCCAAGAGGAAAGACAGAGACUUGGCUGAGGCGAAGCUAAGGGAAGAAUCAGAGAAAAUGGUGAAGAAUUUGUUGUCUGAAGAAGACUUAGAAGCGCUUUCUGGGCUAAUUAAACACCAUCCUAAUCCGUAUGAAGUGCUUGGUGGUCUGGGAAUACAUCGGAGUGUACGAGAAGCUGUGCUGAAGCUGCUGAAAGAACGUUGAGUAAACGUGACUUUCGGUUUUGCAGGGACGAGUUGCUGGCUCUCUCGCUGUCACGCAACGCUAUGGCGGUUCCUCAGAAAGCAAUGCAUGUUUGCGCAUACUCUGGAAAUUUCCAAACCACGUUUUUAGGCAAGAAAAAAAUG